UGAGAGAGAGUGACAAAAAAGUGUGUGCGUGUGUACCAAGAGUGAGUGUUUUGUCGGGGAAUGCUGUGCUGAAGCAAUAAAAGUGGAAAUGGUGGGAUUUGUCGCUGUCCAUACAGGUGUUGGCAACUGUAUCAAUGAGCUCCACUACAGAAAUGUCUCGCGUGAUGCGUGCACGGCGGGAAUUGAGACGGUACGGAAUGGUGGAAGUGCCCUGGAUGCCUGUGAAGUUGCCAUCACUCACCUGGAGAAUUCACCGGUAACAAAUGCCGGUUUUGGCUCUAAUCUCACAUGGGAUCGUACCGUGGAGUGUGAUGCAUCAAUAAUGGAUGGGCAGACACUCAAUUUUGGUGCGUGCACAAAUGUGUCUGACGUGAAGAAUCCCAUAAAACUUGCACGAUUCAUCUGUGAUCUCCAAUCGAAGACUCUCGCACACGGACGUGUACCCCCGAUGGUGGUGAGUGGUGAGGGUGCUAGCAAAAUUGCCAAAGAAAUGGGAUUACACCUUGUUGAUGAUCCCGAAGAAUUAAUCUCGGAAAAAGCACUAAAUUGCUUCAAUCACUACAAAGACUUAGUCAAUUCGAAAGCAAUGGCCAAGAAUGGGACACACUGCAGCCCCCUUGAUACUGUGGGGGCUGUCUGUGUCGAUGGGGAUGGGAAUGUGGCUGCUGGAUGUAGUUCUGGUGGGAUAAUCCUCAAGACAUCUGGUCGUGUUGGCCAAGCAGCCACAUACGGAGCUGGAUGUUGGGCUGUGAAUGAUACUGAUCGAUGCAUUGCGACGUGUACCACCGGAAUGGGGGAGUACCUCAUGAAGACUCUCCUUGCACGGGAAAUUGUCAAUGAUCUCAUUCAUUGCCAGUGCCCCGUGACAUCACUCAAUAAGACAUUCAAGGAAAAAUUCCUCGAUUCGCCAUACCUUAAAACCCCAGAGCCUCUCUACGCUGGUGCCCUCACUAUUCUCUACGAUCCCACCAGUGGGACGGGAGAUCUCUUGUGGAGUCACACAACUGCCGCCAUGUGCAUUGGGUACAUGGGAACGUCUUUCCGGAAGCCAAAGUUUCUCUGCUCAGAAUUGCCAUCAAACUGCAAAAGUGGACGCACAACAGUGGUGUCCGGAAAGCAAUUUACACUGCCCACUUAGAAGAAGUUUCCGGCACCACGAACUCUCCGCAUUCAGUAUUAUAUGAGAGGAUUAUUUGUGUGAGAAUAUUCUUUUGGCAUUUUGUGAGUUUUCUAUUAUUUCCUCAAAGAACAAAAGGAAAAUUCCGGAAGGAGAGAUUUUUCCCUUUCUGUAAAGUUUUAGAGAAAAAAAAGAAAAGAAAAGAAAUUAUUUCUAAUAUUCUUUCUGACUGCUUCUCCUUUUACUUUUUAUUGCUUAAUAGACUUGUAAGUUUCUUUUGUACAAAAUAAACGAUGUAGGGAUGAAAGUUUUUUUUUCUAUUAUAUGUAUAGACAACAAAAAUUCACAAAGCAAUAAAAUUGAUUAAAAUGUUGCACAUAAA